CACACUCCUUAUUUUCGAAUCACCACCACUCAACAUUUUUUAUUCCAUUACUUCAAAUAACCCUCUACUCAAAAUCAUGUCUAGUCUCUUCUUCACCUUUCUUCUCCUCUUUUUUUCCUUGCUUCUUCCUUCUCUCAAUGCCUUGAGCCACCAUUACUAUGACCACACAUGCCCUAAUCUCGAGUCCAUCGUCGCUCGAGAAGUUCGCUUAGCCACUGCAAACGACAAGACCGUUCCUGCUGCGUUGCUGAGAAUGCACUUCCAUGAUUGUUUCAUCAGAGGUUGCGAUGGCUCUGUACUUCUCGACUCCAAGGGGAAGAACACGGCUGAAAAAGAUGGCCCUCCUAAUAUCUCUCUCCAUGCUUUUUAUGUCAUUGACAACGCCAAGAAAGCAAUUGAAUCUACUUGUCCGGGCGUAGUUUCUUGUGCUGAUAUCUUAGCUCUUGCUGCUCGAGAUGCUGUUGUUGUGUCGGGAGGUCCUCACUGGGAAGUCCCAAAAGGAAGAAAAGAUGGAAGAAUCUCAAAAGCUAGUGAAACAAGACAAUUACCAGCUCCCACAUUCAACUUCUCUCAACUCCAACAAAGCUUCUCCCAGAGAGGCCUUUCUUUACAUGAUCUUGUCGCUCUUUCAGGAGGCCACACUCUUGGAUUUGCCCAUUGCUCGUCAUUUCAAAACCGAAUCCACAACUUCAACUCGAGCCUCGAUGUCGACCCAUCAUUGGAUUCAAGCUUUGCAGCCAGUCUACGUAGGGUAUGUCCAGCGAGAAACAAGGUGAAAAACGCAGGGUCAACCAUGGAUUCGAGUUCAACAGUAUUUGACAAUGCAUAUUACAAGCUUCUUCUUGAAGGGAAGAGCAUAUUUUCAUCAGAUCAAUCUUUGCUUUCAACACCAAAAACAAAGGCUUUGGUUUCAAAAUUUGCCAACGAACAACAUCUGUUUGAGAAAGCUUUUGUUAAGUCCAUGGUGAAGAUGAGUCAGAUAGCCGGCGCCGGGCAAGAGGUUCGGCUGAACUGCAGGCUGAUCAGAUGAAAUUUAAUGUAUGUGUAUGGAUAAAUUUUCAUUUAAAAUUUUUUUUGGGGGGUGAUAAUUAAUGGGGGUGGGUUUUGGAAAGCUUUGGUUUGUGUGGAAAAAAUGUGAUACUAUUUAUUUUAAUAGGAAAAAAAGAGGGGGUUGAAGUUUUUGUUUUGUUUGUGUGUGUGUGGGAAAUAUUGAUACUUGUAAUUUGAAGAAUUGUAUUUUCUUCUUUUCAUAUAAGACAAGAAUGUGAAUCGUUCAAUUCAUGCCAAUUACUAUAUUAUACUUU